AAGUCUCCUGAAAGAAGGUGUCUGAUCCUCCCCAGGUGGCAUCGUCCUCCCCAUAAAGUGUCCCUAAGAAGAAAGAAGUGGCAUCAUCCACUGAUGGUCUCCUUAAGAUCCCAAGCUGACUUAAAAAUGUCUGCCAGGGAGAGCUGUCAUGUCAGCGCCGGAUGGGAAAUUAGCCCAGACAGUGAUUUGGAGUGUGGCUGGAGAUGAAGUAGAUUGAAGAGGUCAAGUAGGAGGACUAUAAAAGCUCUGUCUCCUUUCCUGGAACAUGUACUUAAUGCCAAUGAAGAUCUGGGUUGUGCUGCAGUGCCUCCUACAAUGAUUCAAAUAAGCAAAUAUGUGAGCAGGGGCGGAGGAGAUAAACACGUCAAGGAGAUGAGGAACUUCCAGAUGCUUCUUUGUUUAGUCCUUCUCUUUUGCAUCCGUACGAAUGACGGUCGACUUCUGAGGUUUGUCGUAGCUGUGGGGCGCCAUGGCGAUCGAUCACUUAUUGAGUCGUAUCCCAGGGAUCCUCAGGGGGAGCAAGUGUGGGCUCAGGGCUUUGGACAGCUCACUCAGGUACUAACUAACUACUGUACUACAAGUAUAUGUAUAGCACUGUAUUACUGCAUGUAUGCGUCACAUUGGAGUGUCUUUGAUGACUUAUACGUGCGCAGCACAGAUGAUGACCCCAGUUUGAAGUGCCUCGCCGGAAUCUUCUUCCUUGCUAAACGCCAGACUCCCAUCAUGCUCCAGUUACCAUGGCGGCCCGUUCCAGUGCACACCGUCCCCAGGUGCUAUGAUGAACUGCUGAGGUCUCCGGGCAAAGACUGUCCAAGAUUUUGGGCUCUGAUGAACGCGACCUUUGAGAGUGAGUCAUACCAAAGCUUCCUCCGAGGCCAUCAGGUAGGAACCCUUCUAAUAGAAUUGACCAGAAGUUCUCCUCAGGACUUGAACUUUUUUAGCUCAAUUUUGUCGACGAGCCACAAGUUGACCAUCCCACGCUGGGCCACCAAAGGAGUUGUGGACGCCCUGAAGAACAUGGCAGCGUUAGAGGUCACGCAGAGCAUCCUGAGACGCAAGCGAGGAGAGAAAGCCAGGCUCUCUGGAGGGGUCCCCCUGAAUGCCAUGUUGCAGAAUUUCACCACAGUCUUAGAGCAAAAAAGUGCGCUUAAAUUUAUUUUAUAUUCCACACACGACUGGACGCUCGUCACCCUGCAGGCUGCGUUGAACGUGUACGACGCCCUCCUUCCUCCGUACGCUGCCUGUCAACUCUUUGACUUCUGCCAGGAAUCUGACGGAAAACACAUCUCAUUCAGCUUUGACACUGGAACAGAUUCAUUCUAUUCUAUUCUAUUAAAUGUGAGGCGGGCCAGUGUCACUGUAUUCCGAAUGUGUUGUUAUGGCUGUACAAAUCCUACACUGUGGAGAUGUGUUGACUCCAGGCAUGAUCCCUAUCCAAACCCCAUUCCAGGAUGCAACGGUCUGCCUGCCUGCCCGCUGUCAAAGCUCACCACGCUGAUGAGAGACGUGGUGGCAGACAACUGGGAGAAGGAGUGCGGCUCCAACAUAAGGCGGUCGAGCACAGGUGUCAUCACAGCUCUUGCAGUGGCUGUAGGUGUCCUGGCAGUGGCGCUGUUGUUCAGUAUUGGCGUGGCCGCACACAGGAAAGAAUCAUCCUGAGGUUUUUUUUUACUGCUUAUGCACCAAAAAUAAUAAAAUGUUCAGCACAAGUUCAAAGCUUUAGGAGAAAUA